AUGCGAGUUGAGAAUGAAAUUGAAACGAAGUUAUUAAGUUUACAACCCGACGACAUGUUCAUUGAAGAAAUAGCUAUGACAAUUAAAAACACAAUAAUGGAAGUAGCAAAUAAUGAAGUGGGCGUAGUCGGAUCUAGAAAGAAAGAAGUUUGGAUGACAGAUGAAAUCCUGGAAUUAAUGUACGAAAGAAGUCGAUAUAAAAAUAAAGGUAAUCGCAAAUAUAAGGAUAUACACAGAUCUAUACGUGUUCUUAUUAGAAAAGCAAAAGAAGAGUUUCACAAAAAAGAAUGUAAAUACGUAACAGAAAAAGACGAAACACUUCGUAUGUGGAAAAAUUAUAUCCAAACUAUAUUUGCGAGCAACCGAUCAUCUGUGACACCCGAUCAAAGAGAUGAAUUAGGUCCACAUAUAACCUUAGAUGAAGUUCAAAAACCAAUUGAUGAUGCAAAAAUAGGAAAAACGGUGGGUUCUGACCAAAUACCAACAGAAUUGGUGAAGCUAUUCAUAGAUAAUGGCAUACGUAAUUUAACAAGAUUUUUUAAUAAUAUUUAUAAUACAGGCCAGAUACCAAACCAUUGGCUUCAAUCUACGUUUAUUAUGAUUCCAAAGAAAACUAUACCAUAA